CGCGGCUGAGCAAAGAGGGGAGUGAGAGGCAUAGGGAGACAUAUUGCUGCUGCUCCUGCAAGCUGUACUGGUGUUGACCCGGAUCCACUUCAGAGAAAAUGUCCAGCAGGGGUGGGAAGAAAAAGUCGACAAAGACCUCUCGCUCAGCAAAGGCUGGUGUCAUAUUCCCUGUCGGACGAAUGUUACGCUAUAUAAAGAAAGGUCACCCGAAGUACAGAAUUGGGGUCGGUGCUCCAGUGUAUAUGGCUGCUGUUCUUGAAUACUUGACUGCGGAAAUUCUUGAAUUGGCUGGAAAUGCAGCGCGGGACAACAAAAAGGGCCGUGUCACACCUAGGCAUAUCCUGUUGGCUGUAGCAAAUGAUGAAGAAUUAAAUCAGUUAUUGAAAGGUGUCACCAUAGCCAGCGGUGGUGUGUUACCAAAUAUUCACCCAGAGUUAUUGGCAAAGAAGCGGGGAUCAAAAGGAAAACUGGAAGCUAUCAUCACUCCGCCCCCAGCUAAAAAGGCAAAAUCUCCAUCACAGAAGAAAACCACAACAAAGAAAGCAGGCAGCAAGAAAGGAGCAAGAAAAUCUAAGAAACAGGGAGAAGUCAGCAAAUCAGCAAGUGCUGACAGCACAACAGAAGGCACCCCAACAGAUGGUUUCACGGUCCUGUCUACUAAAAGUCUAUUCCUUGGGCAGAAGCUGAACCUUAUUCACAGUGAAAUCAGUAAUUUAGCCGGCUUCGAAGUGGAGGCCAUAAUCAAUCCCACCAAUGCUGACAUUGACCUUAAAGAUGAUCUAGGGAACACUUUGGAGAAGAAAGGCGGAAAAGAAUUCCUGGAGGCCGUUGUUGAACUUCGCAAAAAGAAUGGGCCACUGGACACAGCAGGAGCUGUCGUCAGUGCAGGCCAUGGAUUGCCUGCUAAGUUUGUGAUCCAUUGCAAUAGCCCCAGUUGGGGUUCAGACAAAUGUGAAGAAAUGUUGGAGAAGACAGUGAAAAACUGCUUAGCUCUGGCAGAUGAAAAGAAGCUGAAAUCAAUUGCAUUUCCUUCCAUUGGAAGUGGCAGGAAUGGUUUCCCAAAACAGACUGCUGCCCAGCUGAUCCUGAAAGCCAUUUCCAGUUAUUUUGUUUCAACGAUGUCCUCUUCAAUCAAGACAGUGUAUUUUGUGCUCUUUGACAGCGAGAGUAUAGGGAUUUAUGUGCAAGAAAUGGCCAAGUUAGAUGCCAACUAAGCCCCCCUCCCCCCUCCAAUUCUUAAUUCCUCAUUGUGAAACAGAGCACCCCUUAUUUUAAAUUUUGCUCAUCUAGGGUAAUGAUGGUGGGGCUUCUUUUCUUUCGUUUUUUUAACUUUCUAAAACGUUUUUAUGUUGGCACUGAUAGUUGGCAUUACUGCUGUUAAUGCACUAGUGUAAUCUAGGAAAUUUUUAUAGUUUUAUUUUAAUGAAGUAUGGAUUGAUGCAGAAAGUUGUUAGCAGUACAUAGUCUUUUAUUCAUGGAAGAAACCGGCAGACCCUAUUUUGUAACUGUGUCGUGGUGCUUUUAUCGAGUGGCGUUCCUUUCUCAUUUUUUAAAGGAGGAAAAGGAAAAGAAAAAAGAAAGAAACUACACACCUAAUUUGUGUUUGUCUUGACGAUGAAUCCGAGGAGAGAAGAACCCUGUUGCCCUUAAUUAUAUUUGCAAUUUGGAAUUUGUGUGAAUUGAUUUAGUAAAAUGUUUGAAAUGGUCUAGUUGGUGU